GGCGGGGCAACCCUUCCGGCCGAGGCGCGCCCCCUUUUAAAGACGCCACGUGACCGGCCGGUGACGCUCCACUCACGUCAUGGCCCUGACGUAGCCGGCCUGCCUUUCCGCCCACCGCCCCGCUCGCCUAGGGGGAGAGCGACGUGUGACGUCACGACGGCCGCCGCCAUGUCCGAGAGGCGAGCCGUGGGCGGGGCAAAGCAGCAGGAGGGGGCGGGGCUCGCUCUCCGCCGGCAGCCAAGAUGGCGGAGCUGGACCUGCUGGGCUCGAUCCUGAGCUCCAUGGAGCCCCCGCCGGGGCUGGGCGACCGCGAGGCCCGCCGGGCGAAGCGAGAUCUCAGCCUUGCCGUCGUCUUCUCCUCUUUCAGGCACGACGUGGUGGAAGUGGCCGGUCUCACCUCUUUCUCCUUUGGAGAUGAAGAGGACUCGCGAUACGUCAUGAUUUUCAAGAAGGAAUUUGCUCCCUCCGAUGAAGAGUUGGAGGCCUAUCGCCGGGGCGAGGAAUGGGACCCACAGCAGGCUGAGGAGAAACGGCGGCUUAAGGAGCUGGCACAGAAGCAGGCAGAGGAGGAGGCGCUGAAAGGGCCGACGGUGGUGAACCCAAACACGGACUACAAGGACAAGUACAGCCACCUCAUCGGCAAAGUGGCUGCCAAGGAUGCCGCCCACGCCAUGGAGGCCAACAAGGCCUACGGCUGUGUUCCUGUUGCCAACAAGCGGGACACUCGCUCCAUCGAGGAGGCCAUGAACGAAAUCCGCGCAAAGAAACGCCUGCGCCAGAGCGAGGACGAGAGCGCUGUGCUGUCCUCGAGCAGCUCCUAGGAGCGGCGGGGAGUGGCCUCGUGCCUUCUGGGUGCAUUUGACUCUUUCAGGGAUUGCUCCUGCCGUUUGGGGGGUCCCGGAUGGGGGGUGGGGAGGGUUGUUGCAGUGCCUCCUUCCUUGGCCCCCUCUCGCUGGGUUCCCUCCCCACCUUUUCCUUUUCAGUCUUUGGCGUUUUGUAGCCUAUGAGUGCAUUUUACUAUUAGAAAGAAAGGACAUGCUAUUUUAAAAGUUUUAUUGUCUUGGUGAAAAAGAACCAAGAUGGGGGGGGCUAGUAAGGUAUAAAUGUGCAUGCAUGCACACACACACACACACUUUGAAGGUGUGUUGGUA